AUGAAGCCCCGAAAUAUAUCGAGCUUAAGUGCUCACUUCGAUAGGCUGUCUCUCGCUUCAACGCCUCUGCGACCUCUCAGUACCAUUCUUUGUCCUUCUACAAAUCGAUCGUCUCCUCAAAAUGCCUAUAUUCGUCCAUUCUCCAGUACGACCGCCCGGGCUGGUAAUUGGCUGCUCCCGACUAUGCCUGAGAAGAAGCGAUCGCGAAAAGGUCGUCCUCGUGUGCCAACGGGCGGGUCCGCGAGAGGAACGACGAUGGUAUGGGGAGACUAUGGAUUGCGCAUGUGUGACCACCAUCGCCGGGUCAGCGCAUCGCAGUUGAAGAUUGGAGAAGAUGCAAUUAAGGUGCGGCUAAAGGGCAUGAGAUAUCGUUUGUACAAGAGGGUUUGUGCGAGCAUUGGUGUGUACAGCAGUGGUAAUGAGGUCCGCAUGGGUAAGGGAAAGGGAAGCUUCGACCAUUGGGCUUCCAGAAUUGCGGUCAGCAAGGUAAUUUUUGAAUUGAAGGGGGAUAUACAUGAGCAGGUUGCUCGGGAUGCUUUCCGGUUAGCCGGGAACAAGAUGCCAGGAAUGUAUGAGUUUGUCAAAAAGGGAGACCCGCCUGUUGUUGGAAUCACGAAGUUGGACGGAGUCACAUUAGAAGAGUUGAAGAGACCGAGAAGAAAGGUUCCUCUUCCUAUGCCCGGCGAGGUAGCAGCAGCGACCGCCUCCUCUACGACAUCUACAUCUACUUCUCCAGACGCAUAG